AUGGCUGCCAAACGCGAGCUCUCACACGUCUCGGGUGCCGACCAAGGCGAAACCUCAGAACCAGGCCCCAAGCGCGCAAAGAAACAAACCGGCGCCGUGCCGCGACACCAACACCAGAACUCGUCAAUAGACCCAACCUGGGGUCAGAAAUACGUCUUUUCAGGCUUGCAGGAUGCCACCACCAUCCCCUACGGCGAAGAGUCAGACUUCGAGGACGACGCUGACGCCAUGGCCUAUCUCCUGUCCGUCAGAAGAGAGGCAUACGACAUUCCGCAUUUGCUCGUCGCGCCCAAAGUUCCCAUCGGGCCUCAGUUCCCGCCCGAGCUACAGCGAGACGAGCAAGACGAGCAAGACGAGCAAGACGAGCAAGAAGGCGAGGUCGAUCGAACCAUCUACCAUGGUGGGACGGGCCACGACUCACGAGGAUACUACGAUGACGGAGCAUACAUUGCUCUGCCAGAAGAGGGAGGAGGAGACGACGACGACGACGACGACGACGACGACAGCCGCGCCAAUGAUGAAAGAGAGCUUCACCAAGUAUAUUUUUCUUCGGUAAUGACCCAGUACGCCCGUCUUCGUCAGAGUCUACACUCCCCUCCGCCCCCAGACGCCGCCAAGAGGCUGUCUUCAACACAUGCAACUUGCGCCGCGCCGCUUGGUCGCGAUUCCACCACCAACCAAACGUGGGCAGGUAUCGUGCGCAACACCGACCCCCAUCCGGUGCAGUUGGCACUCAUGUCCAAGGAAACCGUAAUUCGCAUCCUGCGCGUACUCAUGGGGGGCACGUUCCUGCGGAGGGGCCACACUCUAUCCGAACGAACGAGCCAAUGGCUCUGGGGUCUGCUGGCACGACUACCAGACCGAGGGGAACUCAAUCAUGCCGAGAUAGGCUGGGUGCGAGACCUCGGUCGGCGCGCAGUCCUCCUCAGCAGGAGUUUGGCCGAGAUGGCGGCACUGCGGGAAGAACUAGCAGACGGGGAGCUGGGUGUGAACGAGGGUGUCGAUGCAAGCAGCAGCGAUGAGGGCGUGGUGGGGAGUGAUGCCAACGACGUAGAGGGCGAAGACGGCACCGGCGAGAUUGGCAGCCAGGCGGGUAGCUCAAACCAGGCGAGCGUCGCCAGGGAAGAUGCAGGCGAGGCAGAGGCAGAGGCAGGGGCAGAGGCAAACUCAACUACAGACGGCGAGGCCACAGGCCAGGGAGAUGAAGACGAGGAGGGCGAGAUUCAAGAGUCGGAGGCUGGAGACGUAGCCAUGGACCUCGACUCGGGCUCGGACAGCAACGCAGGCAACGCCGUCGAUGGACAUCUCGAGGCUGCCAAGCGCCAGUUACUGGCGCGCUUGGAUGCCUCGGAUGCAGACCACGAACUUGAAGCCCAGGAAGAUGACGCCGCGCUGCGACUACGCAUGAACAUGCGCGCGACCAUAAACAUGGUACUAACUGUUGCCGGAGAGUUUUACGGCCAGCGAGACUUGUUGGAGUUUCGGGAACCGUUUGUGGGUAUGUAA